AACUCGGAAACAUGGUGGAUCAGAGCUGGUCACAUCGUAACCUAAAAGCCCAUCAUUGGUUAUGGAAGAUUGUAAGUCGGAUUAUGCCCAAAAAAACUACAGGAAUAAUUAAGUUGGGAGUAUACGGGUCACAACAAGUAAAGGCUUUAAGGUUCCCAAACGGCCGAUAUUGCCAAGAGACUGGCGGUAACACGGCUGAGAGCCACGUGAUAGUGUGCUUGUGAUGAUUUUGGGGCUGGUGGCUUGUUGGCACAAAUAGUUCCAAUACUUACGUAAAGAUAUGUUGCUGGAACAAUUUAACUGUCCCUCUAGAGUAGUUAUUUAUAUUUGUAUUACUUCGUAGACUUGGGUGCGGGUUGGCUGCGAUCAUAUUAAGCACUCAGAUGACUUAGUAUGUUCUAUUUCCGCUUGUCUCUAGAAAAUUAGAGCUUGGAAUACUCACAUUUACCGUUUAACGGCCCUUAGUCGUUUCUUAUUUAAUUUGCAGAGAAAUCUCAGCAUUUUCAUACCCUAGGUAUAGCCCUGGCAACGAAUUGAAAUAAUCCAUGGCGCACACGUCAUUAACCCCACGAAACACACUCCGUUCACUGCGAGUCCUACACGUUAUUUUUAAUUAUUUA